AUGGUUAUUGCCAAAAGACCCAAUUUCCUUAUCAUCGUCGCCGAUGACCUUGGCUUCAGUGAUGUAAAACCAUAUGGCUCCGAGAUAGACACCCCUGUCUUGGACCGCCUCUCCAAAGAUGGCAUACGCAUGACCAACUUCCAUACCGCUCAGGCAUGCUCACCUACGCGAGCAAUGCUUCUUUCUGGGACAGACAAUCACAUCGCUGGACUUGGCCAGAUGGCCGAAUUUGCUGAGAUGAAGAAGAACCUUACUGGAAAGUAUCCUGACUACGUCGACAAGCCUGGCUACGAAGGCUACCUCAACUGGAAAGUGGCUGCUCUGCCUGAGAUUCUCUCUGACGCAGGAUACUUGACUCUCAUGUCUGGAAAGUGGCAUCUGGGGAUGACUCCUGACGUGUCGCCGAGUGCAAGAGGCUUCAAGAAGAGUUUUGGUUUCUUGCCUGGUUGUGGCAACCACUUCAACUACGAACCGCAAUUCGAGGCUGACCAAGAUACUAUGCUCUUGACCUCCGAUGGAUUUUGGAUGGAGAACCAAAGUCCGGUGGAUAGAAAGAAAGACCUACCUGGAGACUUUUAUUCUACCAACUUCUUUACAGAUAAGUUGCUUGAUAUGUUGAGCAACAGAACCAAAGAGGAAAAGGAGCAGCCCUUCUUUUCAUACUUGGCUUAUACGGCGCCACAUUGGCCAAUGCAGGCGCCACAAGAUGUUAUAAAAAAAUACAGCGGAAAAUACGACAAUGGCCCCGACCAGCUCAGACUAGACAGGCUGGCCAAAUUAAAAGAGCUGGGUCUUGUGCCAUCCGAUGUCGAAGCGGCCCCUCCUGUUGGCUUCGAAGCUGGUGUGAAGUGGGAAGACCUCACUGAUCACGAGCGAGCUGUUUCUGCGAGGAAGAUGGAGGUUUAUGCAGCAAUGGUUGACCUCCUUGACCAGAACAUUGGGAGAGUCGUCGAUGCACUUGAAGCAUCUGGUGAGCUUGACAACACUUUCAUCUUGUUCAUGUCCGACAACGGCGCAGAAGGAUCUACGCUGGAAGCUGCACCUCUCUUAUCAUCGUUUAAAACACUUGGUGAACUCAUAGCUGCACACUACGACAACAGUCUCGAGAAUAUUGGAAAACACGACUCGUAUGUCUGGUAUGGCUCCCGGUGGGCAUGUGCCGCUACUGCGCCUUCUCGUGGGUUCAAGGGCUGGUCCACCGAGGGCGGUAUUCGCUGUCCUUGCCUUAUACACUUCCCUCCAAUCUCAUCGGCUCCCGAGACUAUUUCUCACACUUUCACAACAGUAAUGGACAUACUGCCCACCAUCCUCGAUCUUGCACAAGUGCAGCAUCCAGGCAAAACAUUCAGGGGUCGAGACGUUGUCACUCCACGAGGAAAGUCAUGGGUCAGCCAUCUCUCAUCUCCUACAGAAUAUCCAACCGUUCACCAGGAUGCGGAUCAUAUACAUGGUUGGGAGCUAUUCGGCAAUCGUGCCAUACGCAGGGGAAAUUGGAAGGCAGUUUUGUUGGCAAAGCAAGGCGGCGACAAUUGGGAGCUAUUUGAUGUGGAGAAGGACCCGGCUGAACAACAUGAUCUAUCAAAGAAGAAGCCUGAGAUUUUGGAAGAAAUGCUUGUGCACUGGGCUACGUAUGUUGCCGAGACGGGGUUAGUGGAAGACGCGUUCUGA